AUGUGUUCUCCUGGGCCCAAAGUCCAUGGAGCGAGCUCCAAAGAACCUGGCGUCGCGUCUGUUUUGGCCUUGGCAGCGUCGCGAAAGAUAAGAAGCCCUCGUGCUGUAUACAAACCGACCGAUCGACUACAAUAAACCGCGUUCAUUCAAACGUCGUGAACUUCGAUCGACUUCCACAUAAACAAGAAAAACGAUGCAUCGCAGUGUUUAUUUGGGCUUGAUUAGUAGGUUGAGCGUUUCCUCGAAGAAAAAUGCUAUGAAGUUCAAACAAAAUAUCUGUAUAUUUGAUCGUCCCUGGUAAAUGAAAUUAUUUUUCACAUUAAUUCAGAGAUUUGUUGACGUAAGCCAGAAGACUUCGAAAAAGUUAUUAAACGUUCUAUAAUCUUCGAUUUAACCUUUUUGAAAUCGACAAUUUUUUUAAAUUAAAGAGAAUAAAAAGAACAAGAAUUUUUGAUAAAAUUCAGCUGAAAAAAUAAGGUAGACCAGUCUCGAAACUGAUUUUUCUUUAGGCUUUUUUUCGAAGCUUUUUCUCAAGGACCUUCUUUAAAAAAAAGAUCAAAAUUAUUUUCCUCGACUAUCUGAGAACGGAGUCUGCUCGCCCAGUCGUCAAGGAAGAAAGGAGGGAACCAUUGUAAAGUACUAUCAUCCGAGAAUGAAUGUCGAGGCGGCUAAAGGAAGAAACGAGCUCCAGGACGGCAUUACAACUCGGACACGAGGGGUCAACAGACGUUCGCAGUGGACUUUGCACUUGGUCUGGCCAGUUAAAGGACUUGCUCGGAAAGAAAAAAGAAAUGGAACAGACUAAAGCCUAGAAUCAUCAAUGCUGAAUCAGACAAAGUUGACUAUAACAAUAAGACAGUUUUCUAUGUUAGAAAAAAAGGCGGAACUUCCUUGUUUUUUAAGAACUAUCUGGCUACUUCCAAAAUUAUUGAACUUUCUAUUGAAAUAUCAAAAAAAAAAAACCUGGUACCUGACUAAAUUGAACGUAUAUUUUCCAACUAGCAUUCGUUUAUUUGCAAAAUACAAUCAAAGUAAAGUUUGCCUGAACCUGAAGAGCAACUCUAUUUUUAGCAUUUCAAGUUUAUUAUUGGAAUUACUCAAACACUGACUUAAAUAAGAGUCAGGAGGGAACUUCCCUUGCAUGCUUACACCUAAAACUUUUUUGUCCUAAAAAAGUAAAAUUGAACUUCGCUUUGCUUAAGUCCAAAGGUACAACUCUAAAGUGUAGCGAAACACCGAAGAGCGACGAUUAUAGCAAAUUUUGACAGUCUUCGUGGCGGUGUUUGUUGUUGAUUGGUAAGGAUCCGCCACGCCGUAGACUCCGCCUUCGCCAUCGGUGGCACCUCGUAUAAAAGCGAUCGACGCGGCCGCCCCGCCUGCUGCUUCAUCAAGAUGGCUCAAGCUGCUAAAAACUGGUAUCAGGUACGUUUUUCGACAGCUUUUCCUGUUCAGUCGGAGGUAUUCAGGUAGUAAAGUCUGCGCCGAAAGGCCGCUUCAAGGGAAUCAAGAGAGACUACGAGGUCGAAGAAGUUCUUCGUCUCCGUGGCUCCAUCGACAUUGAAUAUACUUUGGCCACACGUGGUGCCAACAAGGUUCGUUCGGAACUCCUUAUUUUCAACUUUCAGUGUUCCUUUUUAUAAAUUAGUAAGUGGAUGUUUUUCAUAUUUCCUCAUUUUCCAGUUAUGGCAGCUUCUGCACACGGAACCUUUUGUUCCAGCUCUCGGAGCUCAGACAGGAAACCAGGCAGUUCAGAUGGUUCGAGCAGGACUCAAAGCCAUUUACCUUUCAGGUUUCUUUUUUUGUCUCUUUGUACCUUGUUCUUUUGACCGGCUGGAGUUGAUCAGCGACCAAUUAUUACACAGGCCUAUCUGCCCUGCAUAAACUAAACCAGCAUCUUUGAAAGACCCAGUUUUUCGAUUUUUGAUCUUCAGACCAAAAUACUAAGAAAAUUGUUUAGGUUGGCAAGUGGCAGCUGAUGCCAACACGGCGUCGGAUAUGUAUCCCGACCAGUCGUUGUACCCGGCAAACUCAGGUCCAGAACUUGCUCGGCGCAUCAAUAAAUCACUCCGCAGAGCUGACCAGGUCCACCAACAAAUUGAGAUUGAAGGAACUCGUAGUUCAGAUUGACGCCGUGGAGGCCGAAGACUACCUGGCACAGCGUGAUUGGUAUGCUCCGAUCGUGGCUGACGCCGAGGCAGGAUUCGGCGGAGCCUUGAACUGUUUCGAGCUGAUGAAGGUAAAGAUUUUUGGCGGGUCAACCGCCUAGAGAUAGGCCACUGAUAACGCCUAAUAUUGUUGCCCGCGAACCCGUUCUCACCAUUUUGUUUUCCAAAUGAAACGUUAACGAGAGCGGAGAACGCCUAAUGAUUGCUGAAUGAUAAGAUAAUAACAAAUUUCUGCAACAUAAUGACUUUCAUUUUGAAUUUGAUUGAUUUAAAUGUGGGUGAAAAUACGGUAAAAUGAACUUUUCGACAAGUUUCUUUUGCUGGAAUUUCUUCGUCCAGGAAAGUCACAGAAUUCGAGAAAAGAAAUAUUGAAAAAGUGCAAAUUGGAGCUCAAAAAGAGUGAAACCAAGAAGUCCAACUUUCGGGGUUUUUAAAAAAAUGCAAAAUCAAUUGCUGAGAAAUGAAAUGAAAAUAAGUUUAAAAAAAUAUGAAACUUAUCAGUUCUUCGACCUGAAAAAAACCACAAAAAAUUGGGUUUUUCGUCUCAAGCGGCACAUUUUUAUGAAAAACAGCUCAAACUGCUUAGCCCCAUGUAAAUUUUUUUAAAAAAAGGUUUUUAUGUUGACUUUGAGAUUCGAAAACUAUCGACAUUUACUUGUUAGAAGUUAUCUCAGAGUUUAUAAAAGUGUGCUGAAAUUUUCAUUUGAUUAAAUUUGAUUGUUGAUUCGAGUAGAUCUAACUGAUUUUGAACAUAAAAUUGAAAAAAAAAAGAAUCUAUCGAAAUUACAUAAAUUUAUCUUUUUUUGAAAUACAUAAAACGAUAUAUAUACUUACAGUCUUAUAUCGAAGCUGGAGCUGCUGGUGUCCACUACGAAGACCAGCUUGGCUCGGAGAAGAAAUGCGGUCACAUGGGAGGAAAAGUAUACCCUAACAUAAUUUCAGAAAAUAAAUUUCUUUCUCAGGUACUGAUUCCUACCGCUCAACACAUCCGGCAUCUGAACGCUGCUCGUCUGGCAGCUGACGUCUGUGGAGUCCCCACAAUCAUCGUGGCACGAACAGACGCCGAGUCCUCCCGUCUUCUGACCAGCGACGUCGAUGAACGGGACCACCCUUACAUCGACUACAAGGCUGGCAGAACCAUCGAAGGAUUCUAUCGUCUCAAGGACGAAACUGCCAUACAGUACUGUAUCGAACGCGCUAUUCACUACGCUCCCUAUUCUGACCUCAUCUGGAUGGAGACUUCGCAUCCAACAAUCGCCGAUGCUCGAGAAUUCGCUGAGGGCGUCCAUAAGGUUGAUUUUUUGAAUGAUUCCACGUUUUAACUUCGAAAUGCAGCAAUUCCCUGACAAGAUGUUCGCCUACAACUGCUCUCCUUCCUUCAACUGGAAGAAGCACUUGACGCCCACGCAAAUGGAGAAAUUCCAGAAGGAGCUUGGCGCAAUGGGAUUCAAAUACCAGUUCAUCACUCUGGCUGGCUUCCACGCCAACAGCUACAGGUUCGAAAAAAAUACUGACGGAUUUUAUCAUGCCGAAUCAAUUUCAGCAUGUUUGACUUGGCACGCAACUACAAGGAGCACGGAAUGCUGGCCUAUUCCAAGCUUCAGGAACUCGAAUUCGACUCAGAGAAACACGGCUACUCUGCUGUGAAGCACCAGCGCGAAGUCGGAACCGGAUACUUCGACGUCGUUUCCAACGCCGUGACUGGCGGCCAAUCUAGCACCACUGCUCUGACUGGCUCCACGGAAGAAGCUCAGUUCCACACCGCCACCGCCAGCAGCGAGGACGAGGAAAUCGUCUCGGUCAGUCUACUUUCCUCAUCAGAACUAUUAGAAAAAAUUACAGCUAACUGCGCCAUCAGUUGCCGGAGACGAGAAGAUUCUCACUCCCGAUGCCCUUCGUUUCAUUCGCGACCUCAACAUCGAGUUCGACGGACGUCGACAAAAGCUUCUCAAAAAAAGGAAGCAGACUCAAGAAGGUUUUUCAAAUAAUUUUGAAUUUAAUAAAAGUAUUGCUGACAGAUAUCAACCGUUCCGUCUGGUUCCCGGACUUCAACAAGGAAACAGAAAAAAUCCGCACAGACCUUGGAUGGAAGGGAGCUUCCAUUCCGAACGAUCUCAAGGUGAAGUCAAACGUUCACAACUUUUCUAAACUUUAGUUUCAGGACCGAAGAGUGGAAAUUACUGGCCCUACUGACCGCAAAAUGAUAAUCAACGCUCUGAACUCGGGUGCCAAUGUGUUCAUGGCCGAUUUCGAAGACUCCAACUCGCCAACGUGGAGAAAUCAGCUCGAAGGACAAAUCAACUUGUACGACGCUGUCCGCAAGAACAUCAGCUACCAACAUCCGACCACCAAGAAGGAGUAUACUCUGAACAACAAAACUGCUGGUUUCUUCAAUCUUACAGAAAGCUCAUUUUAAAUUUAUUUCAGUUCUGAAAGUGCGUCCUCGUGGAUGGCAUCUACCGGAGAAACACUUGCUCAUCCACAACCAGCCAACUUCCGGCUCCCUCUUCGACUUCGGACUGUUCGUCUUCCAUAACGCGAAGGCUCUUGUCGACUCCGGCACUGGACCUUACUUCUAUCUUCCAAAACUCCAGUCAGCCGAAGAGGCUCAACUCUGGGCCGACGUCUUCAAGUACGCGGAGAAGAAGCUCGGCCUCCCUGCUGGCACCAUCAAGUGCACUGUGCUCAUUGAGCACGUCUUGGCCAGCUUCCAAAUGCACGAAAUCGUGUAUGCUCUCCGUGACUACAUCGUCGGUCUGAACUGUGGACGCUGGGACUACAUCUUCUCCUACAUCAAGACUUUCCAAGAACAUCGCAAGUUCUUGCUUCCAGAUCGGUUCCAAAUCGGUAACACUUUUCGUUGAUUUCUUAGUUGAUUAUUUAAAAAUUCAGGAAUGACGGCGCCUUUCAUGAGAGCGUAUUCUUUGGAAGUAAUCCGAACUUGCCAUAACAGAAACAUCGCCGCGAUGGGUGGUAUGGCUGCACAGAUCCCUAUCAAGCACGACAGCGUACGUCGCAGAAAUAGUAGAAUUGGUCAAAUGAAAGUUUUUACAGGUUGCCAACGAAAAGGCUCUCGCUAUGGUCCGCGCAGACAAGGAAAGAGAAGCGACAGACGGCCACGAUGGAACCUGGGUGGCUCAUCCUGGACUCGUUCCGCUCGCCAAGCAAGUCUUCGAUGACUUGAUGCCUACUCCCAACCAGAUCCAGAAGCUUGUAAGUAGAACUUGUGGGAGUUCUCCGGAGACAGUAGAUGUUCAGCUUGGUAAUCCGAUGGCUACAAGCGCAGAACUGACAGCGAUCCCCGAGGGCACGAGGACCGACGCCGGCUUCCGACAGAACAUCAGCGUCACUCUCGGAUAUCUCGACUCUUGGCUUCGCGGCGUCGGCUGCGUCCCUCUCUACAACCUCAUGGAAGACGCCGCCACCGCCGAAAUCUCCAGAGCUCAGCUUUGGCAAUGGCUUCGACAUGACGCCAAGCUCGAAGGUAAGUUAAGACGGACAUUAACUUACGAUUAUAAAUCCGAUUCUACUUUUCUCCUAAUAAAAAAAACGAAUAGAACAUUUAGAACUUGAAAAAUCAAGCUUUGAGGCGAAGGAAGAAUGUCGAAAAAUCUUUUCGAAUAAAAAGUAUUUUUUGAACCGUAUUAUUUUCUACAGACGGCCGCACAAUUGACGCCAACCUGGUGAAGCAGACGAUCGCCGCAGAAGCCGAACGUCGACAGAUCCGGGCUGGUUCCGUCGUCAACAGAAUCCCUGAAGCCGCUGAACUGCUCGAGAAGUUCGCCACGGAGGAACGUAUGAGCGACUUCCUCACCCUCGACGCCUAUGACAAACUUGUUUCUGACGGCUACUAA